AUGGUGAAUUCGUAUACGCAUCUUCGUUUCACCAUUUUCAUCUCCUUCUCCCUCGCAGCAGCUUCUUCCUUCAAGCUCACCGCUUCCCAUUCUCCGUCGUCGCUUCCGAAAGCCACCGCCGGUGAUCUGCUCUCUGUUCUAGGACCACCCUCCGCCGCGUCGACCCUUAACCCCACCGUGUCUCGAGAAAUCCGGUCGUGUCUCAGAUUCCUCGUCCCCUUCAAACCGGAUGAAUCUGGACCGGAAUUGGGACGAUGCUCGCUCCGGACCGGACUCUGUUCAGGGAAAAUCGACGCCGUCGAGAAGCGGAGCAAGUUCGAAGAGGACAAUUCUCUCGUCUGGUGGCCACCUGAGCCGGUUCUCGAGCUCGCUCGUCUCGCUGUUGACUCCGGUGGCGAUCCCGGCGCAAUUCAGCGAUCCCUCGAUCCCAAAAUGAUCCCGGUUCCUGAUGUCGAAGGAUCAAAGAAACGGAAAUGUCAGCUCACAAGAACUCCAUAUGGCCGUCACUUCAUAGCAGAGGAAGCGAACUCAUAUUUCGAGUUCUUGUUUCAUCUAAUUGAAUCUAGGGGUCCUAGCGUCGGACUGAAUGUUUCCUUGACUCGAUAUGAUUUGUUCCAUGGCCAUCUCUUCCUCGCCUCAGAUUCUGGACGCCUUGGAAUAUUGUUUCAUGCUAAAGAGUAUCCAGCCUUUGACAAGAAAUUGUUUCCGUACAACAUGGGGUAUUGCCAGAGAGGAUCUGAUGUGAAGUACGGUGAUGAAAUGAACUUGAGAAAUAUCCUCUGGCUUGCUCCAUUACCCAGCAAAUCUGCUCCAGGUUGGCUUGCUCCAGGUGUACUUGUGGUGCUUGAUGCGCAUCCAGAUGGAAUGAUAUACCGAGAUCUCAUCCCUAACUAUGUUAAGUUUGUGAGAACAAUAUACGAAGAUGAUUUGGGAGCAACCGCUGUUGAUGUCAAUUACUUGAACGUCGGAGCUGAGGAACCUGAUUAUCAGCUUUUCUUGUGCUGA